GCUACUGCAAUUCCUGAAUUCGUCAAUUGGUUAGGAAGAAAGUCUUGUUGUAGCUUGUUUUAAACCAGUUGGAUUAGCUAAGUGCCGAGACUGCAAGAUGGGGAAGAGGCAACAUCAAUCAGAUAAGAUGUAUAUAACAGGCAAGGAAUGGUCUGCAUUUUAUGGUGGUCAUCGGAAGAAAAUAGAAAAUGCAGAUUUUCGCAGACUCCCAUUCUUUUGCUGCAGUUUGUCUAUGCAACCAUUCGAUACUCCAAUGUGUACCAAAGAUGGUCAUAUUUUCGAUCUUUUGAGCAUCAUCCCUUGGCUAAAGAAAUAUGGGACAAAUCCAAUCACAGGGAAGAAAAUGGACGCAAAAUCUCUUGUGAAACUUAAUUUUCAUAAAAAUGCGGAUGGAAAAUAUCACUGCCCAGUUUUGUUUAAGGUUUUCAACGAAAACACUCACAUUGUGGCUGUUUCAAAGACUGGAAACGUUUAUUCUUAUGAUGCAAUUGAACAACUGAACAUCAAACCUAAAAAUUGGAGAGAUUUGCUCACAGAUGAAAUAUUUGCGAGAAGUGAUUUGAUAACAAUACAGGAUCCAACAAACUUGGACAAAUUUAACCUACAAUCAUUUCAUCAUCUCAAACACAAUUUGAGACUUCCAGAAGCAGAUGCUAAUUUUCGAUCAAAGCCUGGAUAUUUUCUAAACAGCACAAAUGCAGAACUAGAGCAAACUAUGGAUGAAUUGAAUAAAUCUUAUAAGGGAGACGAAAUAUUAAAAGAAAAACCUGUUGCGAAAAAAUCUAAAGUGGAUAAAUUUAAUGCUGCUCAUUAUUCAACUGGAACUGUUUCUGCUUCAUUUACAUCUACAGCUGCAGUUCCACAACUUGAAACUGAAACCGCAGUGUUGGAUGAUGAUGUGGUUCGUUACGGAUUUGUAAAAACAAAAGGAUAUGUGAGAUUACAAACAAACUUCGGUAACCUGAAUGUUGAACUACACUGCGAUCAGACUCCUAAAACUUGCGAGAAUUUCAUGAAGCUAUGUCAAAAGGAUUAUUAUAACGGAACAAUAUUUCAUCGAUCAAUAAGGAAUUUCAUGAUUCAAGGGGGCGAUCCAACUGGCACUGGAACAGGUGGUGAAUCGUUUUGGGGAGGAACGUUUAAGGAUGAAUUUCGCCAACAACUCACACAUACUGGUCGUGGAGUAGUUAGUAUGGCAAACUCUGGAAAAGAUACUAAUAAAUCUCAAUUUUUUAUCACGUUUCGAUCAUGCGAACAUUUAAAUCGAAAGCACACAGUAUUUGGUCGAGUUGUUGGUGGACUUGAUACACUACAGAAAAUGGAGAACGUUGAGACUGAAAAAAAGACGGACAAACCUAAACAAGAAAUAAAACUCUUGCAAGCUGUUGUAUUUAUUGAUCCUUACGCAGAUGCAGAUGAAAAACUCGCAAAGUUGAGAGAAGACGAAGAAAAGAGAGUUCAAGCCGAAUUGGAAGAAAAGGUAGCGGAGAAAAAACCCAAACCAAUGAAAGUGUACAAAAAUGGAGUUGGAAAAUAUAUUAAAAAGCCUUCCAAUCAAGAUGACAAAUCAAAUACCAAUGCGAGUGCACAAAAGAAGAAAUUAUUGCCUGCUUCUGGUGUCCAAUUCAAAAAUUUCAGCAGUUGGUGAAGAUGACGUGUCAGCACUGAUCUAUUCGCUGUAACAUGGCUUCAAGAGAAUAGGUUUGGCGAUUGUCACAGACCAGGCGGGGACAAUUGUAUGUCUCGUUAGUGAACUCCAUUCCACUGCUGUACAGAUGAAACUCCACUUAUGUUUUCAUAGUCUUGCUUUUUUGUAAAUCUUUUAUAUGCUGUAGCCUUACGUCAUCUCGUGUUGUGUAAUAAAAGUAGGUUCAAUGGACUUCUUU